AUGGUCCGAUCUGGAAGUGUUGCUAACGCACAUUCAUCUUCAUUACAGCGCUCGCUCGAGACCUUCUUCGGCAUCGGCCCCUACAGUCGCCAACGCAUCAUGGCCCGCUUCCACCUGCACGACACGAUGAAAGUCGGCGACCUCACCCAGACCCAAGUGCUCGACCUCACGGCGCACCUCGAUGCCAUGAAGCUCGAAAACCACCUGCGCCGCCAGAUCCAGCAGGACAUCCAACGCCUGAGAGAUACCGGAACCUACAGAGGCCGGCGCCACGCCAUGAACUUGCCGGUCCGCGGCCAAAAUACCAGGAGCCAGAUCAAGACGGCCAGAAAACUCAACCGGGUCGAGAGACACUGA